AUGGUACCGUACUUUCUUGUUAUUGUACCUCUUGUUACCGUACCUUUUAUCACCGUACCUCUUGGUACCGUACCUCUUAUCACUGUACCUCUUGGUACCGUACCUCUUUGGUUACCGUACCUCUUGUUACCGCACCUUCUUGGUACCGUACCUCUUGGUACCGUACCUUUUAUCACCGUACCUCUUGGUACCGUACCUCUUAUCACUGUACCUCUUGGUACCGUACUUUUUGUUAUUGUACCUCUUGUUACCGUACCUCUUGGUACCGUACCUCUUGUUACCGUACUUUUUAUCACUGUAUCUCUUGGUACCGUACUUCCUAUCACCGUUUUAACAAAAGAUAUGGUACCAAAAGGUGCGGUAACAAGAGGUUCGGUACCAAGAGUACGGUAA